AUGUAUAAAGAGGAAUACCUGGAAGAAAUGUAUAAAUUGGUGAAUGAUAAAAAUACUUAUUUACAACUAGAUAAAGAUCCGACAAGUAAAUAUGAAAAAAUAGCUAAUGACCUAAUUACUAAAUUAAAAACUAAUUUGGUCAUUUCAGAUGAGCUAGAAAAGGACUUUAAAAGCUUCAAUGCUGUUUCUCCGAAACUGUACGGGCUAAGGAAAACACACAAACCUGGUUGUGUUAUGAGACCAGUGCUCUAUCCAGUCUCCGUAUACAAACUAGCAAAGUUUCUACAUCAUGUAUUGACGACAUCGUUAUCAGCAAGAUUUGUAUUUUCUACAAAAAACUCUUUUGAGUUUGUGAAGUUCAUUAAUAAAAUAAAAAUACAAGAUGACUAUAUCUUAGUAUCCCUGGAUGUCGUCUCAUUGUUUACCAACAUACCUAUGGAACUAGUACGGGAUAUAAUUAUUGAUGACUGGCAUGAUCUCUCAAGAUUAAUAAAAAUUCCGAAAGACAUUCUGUUGGAGCUAAUACAAUUUUGCUUUGAUUCGAGCUACUUUCAGUUUAAUGGGUCAUUUUAUCAACAACUUGAUGGCUCAAGUAUGGGCAAUCCAUCGAGCCCCAUAUUAGCAAACAUAGUGAUGAAUCACAUUUUGAAGAGAAGAGAUAAAACUAUACAAGAUAAUAAACUGGAAAUUAAAAAGUUUAUUAGAUUUUCCUUUAUCAACACAAUAUCAAAUCAAAUUAACAAAUGCUUCAAUAAAACAAAUAUAAAACUUGUGUUUAAUAAUUUAGUAAAAUUGAGUUCUAUCUAUACGAAGUUAAAAGAUAAAGUUGAUAAAUGGGAACAGUCUCAAGUAAUUUACAAAAUACCACUGGAUCAACAUAGAUAUGAUUGUAAACCGAGUAAUAUACUGAAAACAAACUCUACUGCGUUAGCUGAGCAUCAUUUUAACACCGGACACAAUUUCAAAUUUGACAUGGCAACUAUUUCGGACAUCGAGGAUAAUUGGUUUAAAAGAAACAUUAGUGAAAUGAUUCAUAUAAAAAGAAAUAAUACGAUUAACUUAAGAACAGAUACUAAUAAUUUAAGUAGCACUUAUAAUGACAUUUUAAAAAUGACAGCUUGA